AUGAAAUCCCACCGCCGUUUAAGUCUGCCGGAGAAUCCAGUAAACUUUAUAAAAAUCAUUCUCUCCGACGAUACUCACUCCAUAGGCAUCAGGAUGCCGAAGAAGUUUACAGAGAAACAUGGAAAGGAUCUGUUGGAAAGAGUGAUACUGAAGGUACCAAACGGUGAUGUUUGGCGAGUUGACUUACAGAAGUCAGGGGAUGAGAUUUGGCUAAAAAAUGGUUGGUGGGAAUUUGCAGAGCAUUACAGUUUAAAGUAUGGGCACUUAUUGAUGUUCAAAUAUGAAGGGUUUUCAAUAUUUGGUGUGGUUAUAUUCGAUACAAGUGCAACAGAGAUAGUUUAUCCCCCUAUGAAGAAAGAUUCACUCAGAAACUCUACAAAAGAUGUGGCAAGAAACAAUCCACAAGAAGUCAAACCUACUAAACUGAAGACUGUAAAGUCAGAAGAGGAGACAUGUUCAUCGAGUGAAGAUGAAAAAACUAGAAUCAAGAUUAAUGUUGGAAGUGGAUGUUUAAGGAAGAGGAGGGAGGAUGGAAGAAGGGCAGUUGAAAGAGCUAAAGCUAAUUUCAAAAGCCAUAAACAUUUCUUCAUUGCAUAUAUCCAACAAUCAUAUGUUACCGGAUCAAGAGGACUGCCUGUAGCAGUCGAUUUCAGGAAGAAGUGUUGGAGGGGACGCAAGAAGCAUAGAAAAUAUUUGCUUAAACUUGUGAAUGAUGAUGGAAGGCAAAAAACAUGGGAGGUUAUUGCAGGUGAUACUCGCUUACAUGGUGCUGGUUGGGUGGAAUUUGUCAAGGACAAUGGCAUAACAUUUGGGGACAUCUGUGUUUUUGAGCUAAUCCAUGAACACCAAAAUGUACUUGGUGUUACCAUCCUUAAAUGUUCUCCCUAA